UGCCGUAACCCCGCCCACUACAGGAAAUCCUAUGAUUAUUUGAUUGAGAUAGCGAAGCCAGAGCUUGUUAACAACUAAACUGUUAUAAAAAGCUAAUUACAUGAGACGUUGCUUGGUAGUCUUCAUAAAGUAGAUUAUAAUGGAGAGAAUACCCCCGACAUUACGUUGCCUCGGCGAGUGUCACACUUCAGAAUUAUUCACAGACGACGGAGUGGAAACCGUGACUUCAGUGGAGCAGAAAAAGGUCGAACGCAGUAUUCAAGAAGUAAUCAGUGUUUACCAGCAAAUACACAGCUUACCGCAGCCCACUCUCUUGCGGGAACAGCACUACCAGUAUCUCAAGAAGGGUCUACGUCACCUCUCUGAUGCGUACGAGUGUCUGGAUGCCAGCAGGCCGUGGCUGUGCUACUGGAUCCUUCACAGCCUGGAGCUGCUGGAAGAGCCUGUCCCCUCCACCAUCGCCUCAGAUGUUUGCCAGUUCCUGGCACGAUGCCAGAGCCCCACAGGGGGUUUCGCCGGGGGUCCAGGCCAGCACGCCCACCUGGCGCCCACCUACGCUGCUGUCAACGCCCUCUGCAUCCUCGGCAGCGAGGAGGCCUACAGCGUCAUCAACAGAGAGAAGCUGCUUGACUUCCUGCUGUCGGUGAAGCAGCCGGAUGGUUCCUUUGUGAUGCACGUAGGAGGAGAGGUGGAUGUCAGGAGUGCGUACUGCGCCGCAUCGGUAGCGUCGCUCACCAACAUCCUCACGCCCCAGCUGUUUGAGGACACGCCCACCUGGAUCCUCAGGUGUCAGAACUGGGAGGGGGGUCUAGGGGGCGUGCCGGGCCUGGAGGCCCACGGAGGGUACACCUUCUGUGGCACAGCUGCCAUGGUGAUCCUGGGGAAGGAACACAUGCUGGACCUCAAGACCCUGCUGCGGUGGGUGGCCAGCAAACAGAUGCGCUUCGAGGGAGGCUUCCAAGGGCGCUGCAACAAGCUGGUCGACGGCUGCUACUCCUUCUGGCAGGCAGGACUGCUGCCUCUGCUUCACAGAGCCUUCUAUAGAGAAGGGGACACGACCCUGAGCAUGGAGAGGUGGAUGUUUGAACAGCAGGCUCUGCAGGAAUACAUCCUUCUGUGCUGUCAGAACCCAGCGGGAGGCCUUCUGGACAAGCCCGGCAAGUCUAGAGAUUUCUACCACACGUGUUACUGCCUGAGUGGCCUGUCAGUGGCGCAGCACUUUGGGAACAUGGACAGCCACAAUGAGCUCAUCGUGGGCCGCCCAGAAAACCGACUGGCACCGACUCACCCAGUUUACAACAUCUGUCCAGAGAAGGUGGCUCGGGCCCUGCGGUACUUCCACCAGCUGCCUGUCCUUGUUCCUGCCCAGGCCCACAGCCAGGCUCCCGCUGCUGGGUCAUCCUAAGGCCCUGGAGCCCUGGAGCCGUCUCAGGGUGUGUACAUUGUGUGUAACCGCUGAGGUAACUGGAACUGUCUGCAGGGGUGCCAGCGAACACGCUGCCUUUCUCUGAGCAGCCUGCUGCAGACAAGGAGAGGUGGGACAGAAGGGCUAUUCAAAUAAAGACCGACUCGUGGAAAUGUUGUCAGUGAUUUUUGUUUUGAAACCUUGUAAGUUAGAUUUUUGUUAAUUAAAAAAAAUGUAUACUACAGACUGCAUUG